UAUAAGAAAUUGCAUAAACUUGAGAGCAAGAAAAAGGUUAUGAAAGAGAAGGAAAAAGUAAUGUUAUACAGUAAAUUACAACGCAAGCUUUAUAGAAGUGAUUUAAAAAAAUGAUAAAAAAUGAUAGUUAUCAUUAAAAAAUAAAACUAAGGUGAGUAUAAGUGAUCUGAAAAAUAAAUCUGAAGACAUACCUCCAUACAUUUUUGUCAGAGGUAAUGAAAUAAAAAAUGAGAAAAAAAAAUACCAUCUAUGCAUAACAGAAUUAGCAAGAUCAACAUAAAUCUAAUAGAAAUUGUAAAAAGAUAAAAAAGGAAGACUACAGAGGAUGGGUCAGGGUAGUGGUUAGAACUGUCUAUUCUUAGCAAACAGCAGGAAAACUUAGAUUAAACAUCACAAGGAACCAUUAAAUUAUUUGGAGAUAAUUUCUCAAGCCUUUCUUAUAUACAAUUGAGAGAAAUAUUAAUCGUGGUUUAAAACAUUUGCAAGUAAGUAAAAUAUUCAAAUUUUAGUAAUAGUGCAUGAGUUUGGAUCAUCUGUUUAAUUUCCCAUACUAGUAGUUUCUCUGUCCCAAAUGAUUAUGAAAAAGUACAGGAUAAAAAUAAGUUUAUGAUCCAUGGGAGAGUAAAGUUGAAACAAUGCCUAGAUUGUUUUUUAUCAGAACUAGAGUCUUGAGUUUAGUAACUGACAGACUAAUACAUGAUUGAAAAAAAUUUCAGCAAGGAAUUAUUCUUGCCAUCUAACGGCAGUCACGGAAAAUAAUUCCUUGAAAUUUUAACUCCUUUUUCUUUUAUUCUUCCAACAGAUGAAUUUCCACACUCUUACAUGGCUCCUGAAAAUCUCACUGGGGUGACGGAGUUCAUUCUCAUGGGAGUCUCAGACCGUCCUGAACUUCAGCUCCCUCUUUUCUUUGUCUUUCUUGUAAUCUAUGGGCUGACCGUUGUAGGCAACCUGGGCAUCAUCACCCUCACCAGUGUGGACUCCCGUCUUCAAACCCCCAUGUACUUUUUUCUGCGACAGUUGGCUAUCAUCAAUUUUGGCAAUUCUACCGUCAUUGCCCCUAAAAUGCUGACCAAUUUCUUAGUAAAGAAGAAAACCACUUUUUAUUAUGAAUGUGCCACCCAAAUGGGUGGGUUCUUAUUUUUCAUUGUAGCUGAGGUUUUCGUGCUAGCUGUGAUGGCCUAUGACCGCUAUGUGGCCAUUUGUAACCCCCUGCUCUACAUGGUGGUGGUAUCUCCGCAGAUCUGUCUUCUGCUGGUAUCCAUAGCAUAUGUCUAUGGCUUUUCUACAGGUAUCGUGGUUCCUUCUUGUGUAUUUGCUAUGUCUUACUGUUCUUCCAAUGUCAUCAACCAUUUUUACUGUGACAUUGUUCCCCUGUUAGCAUUGUCCUGCUCUGAUACUUAUUUCCCAGAAACAGUAGUCUUUAUUUCUGCAGCUACAAAUUUGGUUCUCUCUGUGAUUAUAGUUCUAAUAUCCUAUUUCAACAUUGUCUUGUCCAUUCUCAGGAUACAUUCAUCAGAAGGAAGGAAAAAAGCCUUCUCCACCUGUGCUUCACAUAUGAUGGCCGUCACAGUGUUCUAUGGAACACUGCUAUUCAUGUAUUUGCAGCCUAAAACUGACCAUUCAUUAGAUUCUGAUAAAAUGGCUUCGGUGUUCUAUACACUGGUGAUCCCUAUGCUGAAUCCUAUGAUCUACAGCUUGAGGAACAAGGAUGUGAUAGCUGCCUUCAAGAGAUUCCUGUCAAACCCAUGCUAUUCCUUUAAACCAAUGUAAUUUCAGACGAUUUUAGUAAAUGAUAAAAUGUUAAUGUAGGUUGCAGGUUAUUAGCAUAAUGGAAAUUUUCAUAUAAAUUGAAUCAUACAAUAAUAGUCAUUUGUGUCUGGUUUCUUUCAUUCAUUUUAUUUAUUUAUUUUUGCAUUUCGUUCAUGUUGUAACAUGUAUCAGAAUUUUGCUCCUUUUUAAUUUUAAUGGAUGUACUACAUAUUUAUUUAUUUAUUUAGCAUUAAAUCAACACUUGGAUCAUUUCCAAUUUUUAGCAAUUAAUGCUGCUCUGAACCUUUGAGUAGCAGUCUCCUGUGAUUAUAUAAUUUUUCAUUUUGCUUAGGUAGAUACCUAGAAGCAGAACUGCUAGGAAAUUGCUAAGCUUAUAUUAAUUCUUUUAAGAAUACACCAGAAUAUUUUCCAAAGUUUCCCCCCAGCAUAUAUGAGGGUUUCAGUGUCUGCACGUAUUUGUCAAGCUGAUAUUGCCAGUUGUUUUGGUUAUAGCCAUUUGAUUUGGUAUGUAAUGAUAGCUUGUUGUGGUUUUAAUUUGCAUUUUGCUGGUGGCUAAUGAUUUUUUGCAUCAUUUUAGGUGUUUAUUAGUUAUGUGCAUAUCUUCUUUGGUAACAUAUCUAUUCAAAUAUUCUACUCUUUUCAGUUGGACUAUUGGUCUUCUUAUUACUGAGUUGUAAAUGUUCUUUACAUAUUCUGGAUACCAGGCCUUUAUCAGAUAUAUGAUUUGCUAAUGCUUUCUCCCAUUCUGUGACUUCUCUUUUAAUUUUCUAAGUGAUAUUUUUGAAAAUCAAAAAUCUUUAUUGUUGAUGAUGUGCAAUUUUUUUUUUUAAUAUGGAUAAUUUUUGGCAUUAUAUCUAUAAACUGUUUGCCCAACUGAGGUCAUAAAAAUUUCUCUCUCACGUUUACUUCUAGAAGAUUUAUAGUUUCAAUACUUAAUGUUCAUGCCUAUAAUCAUUUUGAUUAAAAUUAGCCAUAAAGUGAAGGCCAAGGCUUUUUCUUUUUUUUUGCCUUUGAGCAUCCAAUUACCACAGGACCGUCUGAUGCAAAGACUAAAAAUUCCCUACAGAAUUUCCUUGCAAUUUCUGUCAAAAAGAAACUGCUUAUAAAUAGAUGGCUUUAUUUCUUGACUUUCAGUUCAGUUCCCCUGAUCUAUUCAUCUGUGUUUAUGCCAAUGACAUGUUGUCUUAUCUAUUCUAAUUUCAUAGCACAUUUUAAAACAGAACAGGGUAAAUUCCCUCACUUUGGUGAGCUUUACCAAGUUCGCCACCGAGUCAUUCUGGAGGUACUACCUUUCCCCGCUCUGGGAUAUAAUUAAAGUUGUCCUUCAUAGGACCUUGAUACUGCUACUUGAGUGGAUUGUUUCCCUUUCCAGUCCUCCCUCCUUACCAUCUCCAUGAUUGUUUUGGGAAAAAUUCCUAAUAAAUUGCUUACACACAAAUUUUUGUGUUUGGGGCCCCUGGCUAGAGAACCCAAAUUAAACAUUAUUAUAAUUUCUAUAUACUAUAUUAUUUAUAUUUUCUUGAAUAUGAUGUUGUGAUAAAAAAUUUAAUUCAAAGCAUUAAAAUAUUUUAUUGAACACCUGUUAGAAUGGCUAAAAACUGAAAAUAAAACAAUAUCAAUUAGUGGUGAGGAUGUGGAGUAACAAGAACAAUCAUUCAUUGCUGGCAGGAAUACAUGUUGGUGCACCAUCUUUGGAAGACAAAUUGGCAGAUUCUCUUAAAGCUGAACAUAAUCUUACUAUACCCACUGCCAUCAAGUUGAUUCCGACUCAUAGCAACCCUGUAGGACAGAGUAGAACUGCCCCGUAGAGUUUCGAAGGAGGGCCUGGUGGAUUUGAAAUGCUGACCUCUUGGUUAGCAGCCAUAGCACUUAACCACUACGCUGCCAGGGUUUCCAGUCUUACUAUACAAUCCAGCAAUCACACUCCGAGGUAUUCACUCAAUUGAUUUGAAAACUAUUUCCACACAAAAACCUAUAUGCUAAUAUUUAUAGCAGCUUUAUUCAUACUUGUUAAGACACUAGAAGCAAUCAAAAUGUCCUCCAACAGGUGAAUGAAAAAUCAACUGUGACACAUCCAUAAAUGGAAUACUAUUCAGUGAUUUAAAAAAAAAUAAGCUAUCAGACCAUACAAAGACAUGAAUAGGUCUUAAAUGUGUAUUGAUAAGUGAAAGAAGCCACACUGAAAAGGGUACAUACUCUGUGAUUCCUACUACAUGACAUUCUGGAAAUGCCAAAACUAGAGAGACAAUAAAUUAAUCAGUGUUGCCAUGGGUGGUGGAAGGGAAAGGUCAAAUAUAUGAAGCAAGAAGGAUGUUUUAGGGCAGUGAAUCUAUUCUGCAUAAUACUGUCAUGGUGGAUACGUGACACUACGCAUUUGACCAAAACCCACAGAAUUUUACAGCACAAAGAGUAAAUCUUAAUGAAUUCAAACUUUAAAACAAAUCAUUUAGAAGGUCAGGGAAUCUCAAAAUGGAAUGCAGAAUAUGACAAGAGAAUCUCACUGUAUUAUAAAUGCAUGGACCGAUCUCAGUGAAUUGGGUGGUUGAAAAGAUACUGACCAAAGUAAAUUUUAUAAACUUUAUUUUAUAAAGUUAUUUCUCAUGCAGGUAGAGGUUAACAAUUCUGAAACCAUUAUACAUGUAUGCUGAAAUUUAAUGAUGAAGUAAGUGGAUGGCAGAGGGUGGGGGCCAGGUUUGUCACUGUUAGAAUUCUGCCUGUACCAGCUACGAAUUAGUUUGAAUCAUGAUUGCUUUGACUAUCUUGUAGGCAUAAGCUUUCAGUGUAUCGGGGUGGCAAGGUUUUUUUAACAUGGUUAUUCUAACUUAAUAUUUACAUAUAAUAUCCUUUUAUUCCUCACAACAACCCUUUAAGACAUGUACUAGCACAUUUUAUAGAUGGGGAGACGGAGAACUGAAUGUAGAACUCACCAGGGUCUAGGAUUAACAUAGCUAGAAAGUAAUAGAAACAAAUUCAAUUCCUAAAGCACACUACCAAUCAAGGUCUUUCUACUAUGUUCUUCUUACUUUAAUUUCCAAUGUAGAUUUGAAAUUUGAGUUUUAUAUUUAUAUCCAUAAUUGUGUCUAUAUCUAUCUAUACAAACAGAUAGAUGUACAUCUCGUUGCAGAUGAGAUUGACCUUCACAGAAAUGCAUCUCAUCCUACUAACGCCAUUGCAACUAUAUGAUUUUUGUCUACACAGAGCAGAUAGGCCUAGACUUAGUCUCAUGGUGUAUAACAAGCCGCUUUACUCCAUGUCUGGCUUGAGUUCUGUUUCCGUAUUCUGGAGGCAAAAGACUCGGAAUAGCCAAAGCAAUCUUGAAAAAGAAUAGUGUUAAAAACCAGUUGCCAUGGAGUUGAUUCCAAAUAUAUUAACCCUUUAGGAGAAAGUAGAACUGCCCCAUAGAGUUUUCAAGAAAUAGCUGGUGGAUUCAAACUGCUGAUCUUUUAGUUAGUAGCCAUAGUUCUUAACUACUGAGCCACCAGUGCACCAUGUAUCUGUAUAUACCAGGUUUAAAAGCUGCAAGAUGGUACAGUUGUAAAAACAGCAUGGGAGCAGUAUCUGACCUCUUCUCACUUCCCAAGGGAAAAGGAGAAUCACAACAA